UUACGGAUUAUAAGAAUGGUGAGUCGUUGGAUCGAGUGUUGGUGGUAAGUAACGUAAAUAUGUACAUAUUUUGCCCUUUAGCUGUGAGCGUGUGCGGUGACGCCCUGAAAUCUGAGCUUUGGCGUGGGCGUGAACGCACCGGGAACUGGUCACUCAGGCCGGGCUGUAAACACAAGGAACAAGUCUGGGUGGAACCGAGCGGAAUCGGUAUAGACAGUUACGAAACUCCGCCGAACGGAAGCGGAAACCACCUUUUAAAAUGUACUUUUACUAAAAGUUAAGUGUUGUUGAAGCCGUACGCGCCUGUCCUGGCAAGUUUGAGGAAGAAAAGUACAAGAAAGAGGACAAGAAGCCGAGACCUGAGGACUCCUGAUGUAAUUGAAGUGCCUACUGAAGAACCAAACCAACUGGAGGACGCAUCAGUCAUUGUUUUAUCUCAAGUGUCUACGAUGGCCACGCUGGUGGAUGGCGACGUCCACACCUUCACCACGGAGCUGCCGGCCAUGUUCGACGGUGUGAAGCUCGCUGCGGUGGCCACGUUCCUCUACGUCAUCGUACGCUGUCUCAACCUCAAGAGCCACCCCUCACCGCCAGAGGUGACUUACCGGGACACGCCACUCAUGCGCUACCUGCUCGAGUGCUGCCCUUUGCUGACCAAAGAUUACAUUCCUCCCCUUCUGUGGGGGAAGAGCGGCCACAUCCAGACGGCCCUCUACGGUAAGAUGGGCCGCGUCAGCACUCCCACGCCCCGCGGCGUUCGCAAGUUCCUCCCGAUGCAGGACGGGGCCACGGCGACCUUUGACCUGUUUGAGGCAUUGGGUGACCACAGCACAGGAGGUGACAUCACCAUGGUAAUCUGCCCUGGGAUUGGCAACCAUAGUGAGAAGAACUACAUACGGACCUUUGUGGAUCACUCCCAGCGGCAAGGCUACCGAUGUGCCGUCCUCAACCAUCUGGGAGCUUUGCCCGACAUGGAGCUCACCGCCCCACGUGUGUUCACAUACGGUUGCACAUGGGAGUUUGCGGCCAUGGUGAGCGCCGUCAAGCAAGCGUUCCCGGACACUCUGAUGGUGGUGGUGGGCUUCAGCCUGGGGGGCAACAUUGUGUGUAAAUUCCUGGGCGAGAACCCAUCCAAUCAGGACCGAGUGUUGUGCUGCGUCAGCGUCUGCCAGGGUUACAACGUCCUCAGAGCGCAGGAAACCUUCCUCCAGUGGGACCAGUGGCGAAGACUCUACAACUUUGUACUGGCGGACAACAUGAAGAAGCUCAUCCUGUCACACAGGAACAGCUUACUCGGCAUGAACUCCUGCAACAUUAGCGACGCUGACGUCAGCAGAUUGUAUGCGGCCACGUCUCUCAUGCAGAUUGAUGACAGCAUCAUGAGAAAGUUCCAUGGCUACAGCUCCUUGGAAGAGUACUACCAGCAGGAGAGUUGUGUCCACUACAUGCACAAGGUGACCGUUCCUCUCCUCCUGAUGAACUCCAUAGACGACCCUCUAGUACAUCCCUCUCUGCUCGCCAUCCCGCGCACGCUGUCGGAGAAGUUGCCCAACGUGAUCUUCGCCCUGACUCAACAUGGCGGCCACCUGGGCUUCUUCGAGGGGGCCGUGCUGUUUCCUCAGCCCCUCACCUGGAUGGAUAAGGUCAUUGUGGAAUUUGCCGACGCCAUCUGCCACUGGGAGGUGAAGACGCCUGCCUGCCAGGAGAGACACUUCCAGAAGUUCAGCUCGCAGAGUGCCGAGCUAGCGAGCAAACAAGCACAGGCGUGGUCAUCCGUGUCUGCGUUAUUUCAAUGCGAGUGGCCGUACAGUUAGCGAGGUGGAAGUCCACAUUAAAAAAUAAGCGGACCACUUCAUGUCAUUUCCUGUGCACGUGCUUUUUUUUUUUUUUUUUUAAACACUCCUUCUUGGGGUUGCUCUUUCUGUUGGUAUAUGUUUUUUUAAGCCAAAGAAAAAGCAAAACACCUUUGUUGCUUGCUGAAUGGAUGUCUGGCACAGUAUGUUAAUGGUGAAAGUAUGUGUGACUUUAGAGGCAUAUUUUCCAAAAUGUACAACCUUAGAGGUCUUAGUUUCGCAAUUAUUAUUGGUGAGCGUUAAAAAUGUGAUGAAUGACGUCAAGUGGCCUUGCACUACUUUUGAAUACAAUAUUUAUUGCAAUUGAUGAUGCCUUUUGAUAACAGGAAAUAGGAUGCUAUUAAUAUGCACUUUACGCUGUUGUGACGACUGUUUUCAAAGCCUUUGCUAAAGAAAGUGUUUAUGAGCUUCAGAAUAAAGAAACUAUGGGAGAUUAAUCUCUGGCAUUU